GCUCAUCUUGCACCAAAUGCAAAAGCACCCAUCUCAUAUCAAACCACUAAACCGAUUUCCAAGUCCCCUCAGAGAUUUCGUUCCUGCGAGGUUUGUCUCCAGUUGUAGCCAUGGCGGUGUUGCGCACAGCGUCCGCCUUACCGCUUCGCUUUGAAACACUGUACUCUUGCUGCUCCUGCUCGUCUUCUGAAUAUGGAUUGCAAGCCUCUAGUUCGGUCAAGUUUGGUCCAGUGAGUAGGGUGGGUACGUCUAAGGGUGGGAAGUCAUGGAGUGUGGGAGCUGUUCGGGGUAUGGCUCCCGACGAGGAGAAGAUGACGAGGAGAAGCCCGCUUGAUUUCCCCAUCGAAUGGGACAGGCCGCGACCUGGAAGGAGGGCGGAUAUCUUCCCGCAAUUUAGCCCCAUGAAGACCCCGCUGCCCCCACCGCUGCCUGCCGACCCGCCGGAAGAGGAUGAAGAGGAGGAAGAGAAGAAGGAAGAGGAAGAGGAGAAUAAUCCAGAUGAGCCUGAGAAGCCGGACGUCUCAUUUUGAGUUUCGGAAUGGGUUUGUUGUCAUUGUAGCCAAAUUUUGUGGUCAUGGGUUUAGGGUUUGGGUGGUGAGAUUAGCUGUGCACGUUGAGUUAUCAAAGCAUGCCUUUGGGUAUCAUUUCGGUCCCGAUUUUUGCGUGAGGGUUUUCUUAAUUGCACAUAUAGGUAUUUGACGCCAAUUUUUGCUUGUGGAGUUUUCUCUGUACCAAAAGAUUUAGAAAUAAAUACACAUUGAACCUA